UUCGCAGAUGUGCCCCAGUUCCUCAAGUCGUGGGCCCUGAAGGAGAACGAGUCGGGCCUUCGGAUGCUCCGGCUCGUCAGGUGCCUCUUUGAGCUUACUCUUAUCGUUUCUCACAAAAAUAGUAUUUGUCUUAUUUGUGUUUAUUUAAAUUCAUUAGGGACUUCCCCGAAUUCAACCGCGCCGAGAGAUGGCAGCCGACGGACAUCGCCCUGCUCCAAUUGCCGCCUGCUCAAGGGAUUGUGCUGCCACCUGCACAAGGAAUAGAGCUGCCCUCGGCAGCCCAGAGGUAUCAAAUCUAUCAGAGCUAUUUGAUGAAACACUAUAUAUGUCGUCACUGGACCGUUCCUCACCAGACCUGCCAAGUGAUGGAGUAAGUUCCCACCCAAACACCCCAGUGAGCAAGCGAAACAUAUCUACUCAAACAUUUGUACCCGUGACAAUUGACAAAGCUGUUCAAACAAUCCCAAUGCGACACUGCAAGAAAAAGUGUGAAUAGUACAACAAAUGUACAACAAAAACUGUGGAAUAAAAGUACAACA